AUGGCAUGUUCCUUUGGUGCCAUGAAUGCAUCUCCUGCACUGUCUGUAAACUCUAUGUCACAAUUGACACACAUUAAAACAAACCAGCGGGGACACCUUCUCUAUGACGAUGCUGUAGUCUUGCUGGGACACACGGGUGCAGUUCUCACUUCCAAAUUCAGUUUGGAUGGAACGUGUAUAGUGUCUGGGGGUAUGGACCGUACAAUCCGUCUAUGGCAUCUACCUCAAAAUGAAUUUGAGAGCACACCCAACUUCGGAGUAUUAGAAGGUCACAAGUCAGCGGUUACUUCAAUGCAGUGGAAAGACAUGGAGACUCUCUUUUCGGUGUCUGCUGACAGAACAAUUGGGUUUUGGGACACCAUCACAGGUGACCGCAUUAGUAACGGAAUCGGCCAUGAAUUGAGUGUAAACGAUUGCAGUGUCAGUUACUCUGCAACAUCUAUCAGCGUAGGCGAUGACGGUAUGCUCAUGUCCUGGGAUGGACGGGUGAAAAAGGCGACUUCGUCAAUCACAACUCUGUUUCCUCUUCUUUGUUGCGAGCUCAGCAAAGAUGGGUCAAUUGCGUACGUUUCAGGUAUCGAUCCGUGUGUCAAAGCGUAUGACAUGUCUAAUGGAGAACUCUUGUGGUCGUGUCAAGUGGCACAGGAUACCGUGACAGGUCUCGCAUUAAGCUCGGAUGGCUCACGAUUAGCAUGCCGUCUGGUGGAUGGCCAUGUCGUAACCAUCAAUGCAUCAAAAUCAGUGCCGACUGGCAUAUCUAGAGUUGGCCCUUCGUUUGAAGGCGCGACACCACGUCCGCUGCGCAACAUCGUUCGAACCUGUUUCUCAACAGACGAUGUGUUCCUCACAGCUGGCUCUGAUUGCCAAGAAGCUUUGGUUUGGGAUAGCGCGUCUCGUAGAAUGCGUGCAAGAUAUACAGAUCACAAAGAUGCAGUUUUGCAAACAGAUUUUCACCCGUCUGAAAGUAUACUCAUGAGUUGUGCUAUUGACGGAAAUAUCGUGGUGCGCCAAUGCGACUUCAAAACUUAA